UGUUGCCAAUAGGAGGGUUUCGCGAAAAACGUAGCAAAGUGCAUCUAAACGUCACUGGAAUGUAGGAAUUCUCUGGUAUGGGGCAUCAUUCGUGAUUUCUGGAGAUGACUGAAAUUUUGAAGACCAGGGUUGAGUUCCCCAGCUCCCUCAUUCAAGCUCAGGCUGUGAGGACGCUGGUCACUGCAGUGUUGAAAGAGAAAGGCCAAAAUGAAAGGAUUUGUCAGACCACCGCUAAAGGUCAAGCGCUGGAGUCUCUGUGGGAGCAGUGCAGCAGUGACAGUACUGUCGUCCGCUCGGCCUGCUGUGACGCUCUGGUGCUACUCGUAGAACAGGGACAUGCAGAUCUGCCAUAUGUGCUCAACACCACCCUUAACCUCCUGCCCUCGGCACGGAAUGUUCAAGGGCUGAUCAAAGUGGUCGGGAGGCUGCUACAGAUCCAGGCAAGUCAGCGGGAUAACGAAGCAAGCUUCACCUGUCCAUAUUCAAUUAGGACCUUCCCUCACCCCUACAUCACAGUGCUGGAAAACCGUCCUGACUGCUGGCCUGCUCUGCUCCAGGAAAUUGAUGACUUCCUUCAGCUGGCUAUGGACAAAGAUGAGCCAGUAUAUGUGGAAAUGCUGGUUCCGUUCCUUCGUUACCUGUACUGCGAGCCCCAGAGGUUGUCAGAAAACGCUCUGCUUAGACACAGCCUCCUCAGGGUCCUGCUCCAGCCACGAGGGGUUCCUGAGCCUGACAGCCUGCAGGAAAAGGGGGCGUCUGGCACUCAGGUGGUCCGUGAGCUAAUACACAGCCUCUUUGACCUGCUUCCAUACAUGCUGGUGGACAGUGUAACUGCAGUGGUUGAGUUCAGCUCAUUUGCUGAAUCUCUGACGUUGGCUCUGCUCAUCGAUCCAGGCUUCUGGAGAAAGGAACUGACUCAGCUGGCUCUUCAGCUCCUGUGUGCCUGUCAGCUGAGUCUUCAUCUGGGAGGAGAACUGAUGUCUCUCCUUCACACACUCCACCAGAUAAUACCUGCACAUGCAGAGGAACUCCUGCCUGAGCAAGUGAUCAUGGGAAUCUCCCUGCUACUGCUAAGUGCCUCCACCUCUCAACAAACUGCCCUCCUAGAGCUCGCUGUAAAGAUUGUCCCUCCUGAGCUUCCACCUCCCUGGGGUGCAUCUUUGCUGGUGAUGCCCUUGUUACAGGUGCUGUCCUGCUCCAGCCUCAUGGAAGCCCUGACAGACACGCAGACACACACAAAGAACCUUAAACUGACCAAUUCACUGUUGCAAACGGUUCAAAGAGAGGCCUCAGAUCGAAAACAGGACUCCACACAGCUGAGUUUGCCUCUCAGCACUUGGUACAGCGAGCUUCAAGUGGCCACUAGUGUCCUACACCGAAUUUCUGUAGACUCCAUUGCAUCCGUGGAAUGGCUUUACUCCCUGCAGUCAUCACUCUCUGUCUGUGAACAUGUCCCAGAUAGUGUUUGUCUCCUGGUGUCCCAUGUUAUCGUCAGCAGUCACGGGGAUCUCUGCAGGUUAGCGCUGGACACUGCUGCUGCCGUCACCGAGGCCGAUCCUGCUAAGGUGCCAUGUUUACUUCCUGUCCUGAUGUUUAAACUGGGCAGAGUGUCUGAUCCGGCUUUGUCUCACUCUAUUCUCUACACUCUGCUAAAACUGGGAACCCACAAGUUCUGUAUCCCGCAGGUGCUUCAUGUCCUCCAAACUCUGGGCACUUCAUCCAGACUGAGGCCUGUGGCUCUGCGCCUCUUAGCUCUGUUAUGGAAAAAACAGGACCGUGUGUAUCCGGACCUGCAGAGACUGAUGUCACAGCUUGAAAAAUCCUCAGUGGUCUUGGGAAAAGAUACACAGUGGGAGCAGAUAUUGGCCAGAGCAGCCUGCAUCAGAGACAUCUGCAGAGAGAGGCCGUACCAGCAUGGAGGAGACAUGCUGGCUGCCAUCAUCGACACACUGAUGCAGUUCUCCAGGAAGGAUCAGGCCACUCCUGCUGCUCUGGCACUGCAGGGCUUACAGGAGCUCUGUAGAGCUGAGGUAGUUGAUAUCGUCUCCACGUGGAAGGCACUCUCUCCUAAGCUGUGCUGUGACUCCAGACCCCUGGUCCUGAAGGCCACAGCUGAACUUCUGGCAUUAGUACCUGCUUUAAACGUCAAAACUGAAGAAUAUGAGAAAUUCAGAAACGAGGCAGUCUGUGUUUUAUGGAGCUACGCACUUAGUCAGGACCCAGAGGUUGCGAGCCAGGGUUUUAAAGCUAUCUCGGAGUACCCUGAACGAUCUCACACCAUCCUACACUUGCCAGAGCAGGCCAGACCUGUACCAAAGCAGCCUGAAGAAGAGGAUGAAGGGAAGGAAAAUGAGAAUGAGAAGGAUGAAGAUGUUUCAGUGCCAGGGGCGUCAUAUGUAAAGCUAGUAAAGCUAGUAAAGCGAUCUGUUUUACCAGCCCUUGAGACCUUCCUGCCAGCUCUAGUAAGGCAGGAGAUGAACCAAAUGCCCCGUGGCGUGUACCAUUCAGCUCUGAGUGGAGGGAAUUUGUGCACUGACCAGGGAAAAACUGUAUCUGGAAUUCCUUCUUUUAUGCUGAAAACAUAUGAAAAGAACAAGCAGCCGGGUCUGAAACCUGGCAUAGCAGCUGGGCUUCUACUGUGUUAUGACCUUCCUGUUCAAACUGACAAAGAUGGACAUCCAAUCACACGCUUUCUUGUCAGCAGAGGGCGGAGUUAUCAACAAAUGUUAGCCACCCUUAUUCAUGAGUCUUUGUGUAAUAAAGUUAUUCCACUCCUGGGACCUCAGGGCAGUCUGUACGCGGUCACGUGCCCUGAAGCAUGCAGGGGGAGGGUUGGAUGGGUCAGAGACCAACUGACUGAUGUGGUCAAAUCUGCCGCCAAAGAUAGUCCAGUUGUUCAAGGUAAUUCUAUCCUGGCACUAAGUGGCCUGGCUGUUGUCUUAACCAGAUAUGAGAGCAACCUUCCUACACAGUCUGAAAGUGGACUUGAGGUGGGUCCAGACAUCCUUCCCACAGUUCACUGGCUGACGAUGGUGAUUGACACACUGCUCAGCAUUGUUAGCAGUAACAGUAACCCUAAAGGACAAGUCUUCCCAUGGUUCAUUCAUCGCUCAUACUUGGGUGAGAACACAGCGAGUGUGAUCGCGCACUCCUGUGCUGCUCUGGGUCUGGCGUUGUUGGUGCCGGUGCUGGUAACCUCGUGCAAAAAGAAUAUUCCCGCUAUACUGGGCACUCUAGCGGCAGGGCUGCCAGGCUCGCCCUCCGCAGACGAAUCUCAGGCACUUCAGUUUCACAGCGGCCUGGCUCUGGGCAUGUUUCUAGCGUGGCUGCAUGAUGAGAGAGUCAGUGAUAUAGCUGGGCAGUCAGUAGCAGAGCUGCUAGUGAAACAUCUGGAACGACUGGAAGAUUGUUGCUUUAAUCCCAAUCUGGAUUACAAUUCUGGUUGUGUGUUAGGUGUUGGCUUGGUUCUGAGCUCUCUCAGUAGCAGUAGUCAGUCUGAGCGGGACGGUGUGCAUGUGUCUCUCACGCUGGACAGACUCCUGCAGACCCUGCAGGACAGCAGCAAUAUGAGCCUCAUGCUGCAGGAGGUUUUGGCCUAUUCUGUGGCGUGUGUUGCAGUUUCAGCAUUUAGUGCAGGCAUUAUUGAGGCCAGUAAGGCUGAGGAAAGCAUGAACACACUUCGCACCCUAACAGAGGAAAGCCAACAGACACCAGGCUUUGCUUUGGCAUUGGGACUCACAGUGUUUGGACUCUCUUCUUUUGGUCAUGGUAAAGCGGUGGACAUCCAGCCUCGUCUGCUGGCUGCCUGGACCAAGAUACUGCUGGCAGAGGGUUGUCCCACAAUGCAGAGGCUGUCUGCCCUCAAUGGACUGAUCGCAUUAGUGGGAUCGGAGAUGACUCUCGUUCAGCUGAAGAGUGAAUCAGAGGAGUCCUCACAGCAGCAGGGCAGACUGAACGAGGUCAUCCGAGCCAUUACACAGAUCAUCACCUUUUCAGGAACAAUAGGUCUGCAGUCUAACGGAGCAUGUCUGCUUGGACACCUGCAUCUGGCCCACAUGUCCAGCAGCCACAGUCGAACCUCAGUUCCUCAGGACUUUGGUUAUCUCCCAGAGAAAAGUGUCAUCCGAGCUUCAGUAGACUUCAUCACCGAAGCAGGAAGGAAAGGACCUGAGUUCACUCUUCCACACCUAGUGAAGACAGUGCUGGCAGCUUUAGGGACGGUCGGUGGAAGCUUCCAGUAUCCUCCAGUCAACUGGAGUGCCAUCCUCUCUCCGCUGAUGAGACUCGGCUUUGGUGAGGAGGUGCAGCAUCACUGUUUAGCGUUAGCUGCCAGUCAGGCCCAGUCUUCCCAGAGUGCCUCACUUUUCCUCGGCAUCUGGCUUGUGCCUCCCCUGGUUCACAGCCUGAGUCUCCGCACUAGGGCUUCUCUCUACGAGUGCCUGAGCUCCUGGAUGAAGCACGUGGCUGAAGACAAACUGCAGGUGCAUGUGGACAGUCUGGCAGUCCAGCAGUUUGUGCCCGGCACACGUCCUCAGCGCCUGCCCCUGUGCCUGUCCAUCCUGCGUGGGCUGUCCAAAGCCAUGGCGGUCCCCAACCCGCCACAGAACUGCUGGACUGCCCUGUGCUCCACCACUGAAAAUAUCUAUAACCUCUUACCUGAUAAUAUACCUGCUGGUGAACUGGACCUGUAUGAAGCCAUGUGUUCAUGCCUGUCUGAACUCAGCGACACUGAGAUAGACCGCAUAGUCAAAGUCACUGAGGCUAAUGUGGAAAAAACAGCUUUCAUCCUAUCCUACCUGACCUCUAAAGGCAGAGUCCCUCUCCUCGGACUCGAUGUCAUCAGUACCAUCCUCCAGGUGGGGAAUAAGAAACAAAUCAGAUGGCUUCUCCUGCAGGCCCUCCACCAAUCACGCUUCGCCUCUAGUCCCAAUGCAGGGGUCUCUAAACGAAUGGAGUGGCUUUUGGAGUUAAUGGGCCACAUCAGAAAUGUUGCAUACGGAUCUCCUUCUGUUAAAUGUGUCCGUGUUAUAGAGGGCACAGACUUCCUCCUCAGUGUGUUUGCUGCGGUAGUGGUGUCUUGGGCUGACCAUUGUGCCCCACUUCUCAUUGGAAUCAGGGCCCAGUGGUUUCCCUGGCAACAGUCCUCUCUGACAACAGAACUGUCCCAUGACCUCUGUGUCAACCCUGCUAUCACAGAACUGUCGAUCACGUCAUGCCUACUUGCAAUCCCAUGCAGCAUGAAACAACUACUCGCCAAAGAGCCGUGGAAAUCCCAGUCACAGAAGUUCAUCGACUGGCUCUUCAGUAUUACGGAAGGUCCUAAACUAGGUUUCUCUGAGACUGCCUUUCUUAUAGCCAAAGGGACUCUAUUGGCUCUGAGAUCCAGCUCUGAGUUCAAGAAGAAGGGUGUGUGGACCAGGGCGUAUGGUUGGUGAUCUCACUGAAAGCUCUGACACACCAAGGACACCAUUUGUUUACAUGCAUAUUCAGAGUAGUAUCUACAUAAAGCAAAUGCUUUCUAGUUCCAAUACUCUAGUGAUAAACCCGUCUUGUUACAAACCAGAAUGAACACUGACAUGUUUAAUAGAUUGAAAGUAGGUAUACCAUAGUAUUUGUUAACAAAAAAGGACAAAAGAGAAAUGCAUAAAAAUGGCUUCAGAAAGUAUAAUUUUCCACUUUCAUAUAUUGCUUGUAAAACGUAUUGAACGUUUUUCUGUGACCAAUUAAGUAUAGAAAAUAAACACAUCUGUGCCACACCAAGUAUAUUUUUCUGCUCAAAAGAAGCUUGUGAUGUUCGCAUAAAUUUACUUUUAACAAAGACUUGAAAUCCAGCUCAAGCUGAUUUGAAACUUUGUAAUUCAUUGUAUCCUUUAACCGAAAGCCUUCUCGUUCCCAUUAGACAAGCUGAUGUACAAUGCAGAUGCCUGAUGGUCCGUAAUUGUAGCUUAUGCUAGCCAUGGGGCCUGACCGACAUAUAAAAUGUAACCUAAACAGACUAACAUGCUUUAAAGUGGUAGAGUGAUGGUUUACAGUGUUUUUUUUUCUUCCAUGUGCAGCAUUGUCAUGACGUCAUUUUCUUUAAGCUCCAAAUGUAUUAGUCACAUAACAUUUAUGGCUCAUGCUCUGGCCAUUGUCUACAAGAAAAUAUACAGGAAAUCACACAUUAGUAGAUU